AGCAUUGGUCACAUUAAUAAGGUUGUUGUAACUUCCUUCAGUUCUCCUGUGUCAGUAACGUCGUUAGCUCCGCCUCCACUCCAUUCUUGUCCUUCAAAUCUUGAACACUCAGUCAAAUAUUCAUCUUAAAGCCUCAAAUCUUUACAAGUUAAAAGAACCCUUUUUUACAAGUCUUUUUUUUUUUUUUUUAAUCAAUGGCUUCUAUGGCUUUAUCUCAAUCUAUCCUCUCUAUUCUUAAUUCUCAAAGAUUUGAGAAUGUUUCCUUCCCUUUGCCAAGCUCAAUGCUCAAACAAUCUGUUAGUGUCUCCAGAUCUCAUUCCUUGUCGACCCAUUUCAAGAAAACCCGGAAUAGUUUCAUCAUCAAUUGUGCUAGUCCAGAAAAUGUUACCAACACUGAAACCCCAAUUGAAUUGAGUUACCCGGCAUUUCCUACUGUGAUGGAUAUCAAUCAGAUUCGCGAGAUUUUGCCCCAUCGUUUUCCGUUUCUUCUAGUGGAUAGAGUGAUUGAAUACAAUCCAGGAGUGUCAGUUGUGGCUAUCAAGAAUGUGACCAUCAAUGAUAACUUCUUUCCUGGGCAUUUCCCUGAGAGGCCAAUCAUGCCUGGUGUCCUCAUGGUUGAGGCAAUGGCCCAAGUUGGUGGCUUGGUCAUGCUACAACCUGAAGUUGGAGGGUCCAAACAGAACUUCUUCUUUGCUGGAAUAGACAAAGUAAGGUUCAGGAAGCCGGUGGUGGCUGGAGAUACUUUGGUAAUGAGAAUGACACUAACCAAGCUGCAAAAACGGUUUGGAAUAGCAAAGAUGGAAGGAAAGGCAUAUGUAGGAGGGGAAGUGGUCUGCGAGGGUGAAUUCUUGAUGGCUACAGGCAGUGAGUAAUGCUCUCAAUCUAUUACUAGUAAACUUUCUGGCACCUAGAUCAGUUUUUUUGGGUCCAUCUGCCCCCAUUAAUGUUAAAACUAGGGAAUCUCAUAAACUUCUUUUUUGUCUAAAGAAUAGUUGGAAUAGUUGCAAUUUAUGACCUGCUGGUUUCUUCCUUGCUAAAGCUGAACCAAAUGGUAUGUAACAUUCAGGAUGAAUGUCAACUUUCUGUAUCUUUGACAAGGGUCCCUUUGUCCUUGCGUGCAUUGAUAUGACAAUCCUGACUUUGAUUGUAUGAUUUUCUUAAUCUUAUAACCCAGGAGGCAGAAAAUCACUGACAAUUCUGCCAUCCUGGUUGAAUUAUUUAGUUGGUGAAGGUUUGUGCAGCAUUUUAUUAAAUUUACAUUUGUGACUGCAAAUUAUACUCAUUCUUGAACUAGGUUCUUCAGUUUAAGUCAUGAUUCUUGAACACUUAAUUGGAACCUCCACUACCAUAUUGCUGCCUCUGCAUUGUUACAAUUAAUAUACUGUCCCACUUGGGCCAGAGCAUACAGAUUUUGUAAGAGAUAACUAUCUCAAGGGAAGAACUUGGAUACUCUCAAGGUGAAAAAGCUUGAAGUGACAAAUCCAAGCUUUGGUUUCUUCUUUCUACAUCCAAUGACUCUUUACAGUGAAAUGUUUAACAUGAAAUUCCUUACAAACCAAGAGCUCCAAGGGGUGUCUUCCCUUGUCCGGCCUCAAAAUAGAAAAUUAACAUGGCUAACAUAGCAAGUCUAGCAUGCUUGAUCUCAGCAA